AUGAGUACAUUGACAAUUUCAAGAUGUCCAAUAGUAGUUCGACAUGAUUUUCCAGAUGAAAUGAUGAAUUAUAUUGAUGAAAAGAUGGAUGAAGGAUAAUACAAAAAGAGGUUUCGAUAUGAUCGUCCAGACAAGGUAUGAAAAUAUAUUUUGAAGGGUUACUAGAAAAAAAGUAAACAAACAAAAUCGAUUCUAAAUAUGAAUUCACAAGAGAUCUUUUAAAAAAUAGUAAUGGGAAAGAAAGAACCAAAAGAGGAGAGGUUUCGAAUAAAACCAAAAUAAAAAAUUAAUACAACUGCGUUGCACUCUGCUCUUUUAAAAGUAAAAAAAUAAAAAGAAGAAUUAGAUAUAUGUUUAGCGGUAUAAAAGUAAUAUAUUAUUAGAUAGCAGAUAAAGCUAAAUAAUGUGUAAAUGAGAAUGAUAUUUGUAUGUUAGCAAAUGAAGGAGCUGUCAAAUUUAUAAUGUCUUAGAAUCUUGAUAUAGAUGAAGCUGCAUUAUUAAAGACAAAGAAAGGAAAUACUUUUCAUCCAAAACCAAAGAAAUCUUAGUCUGUAAAAUAAGUAAUAAUGGAUGAGCCAGAGAAUUUAUUAUCAAUAGAAGGGAGAUCAUAUAAUAUGGCUGUUUCAACAUCUCUUUGUAAAAAUAGACCAACUUCAGCAUUUUCUACAAUGAGACCAGUUUCUUCAACUAAGAACUAUUCUGAAAAAGGGAUAUCAGAACAUUUACUAUAAUAAUAUGCUGAUUUUAGAAAUGAAUUGUUUGAAAAAUUAGUAGACAAUAAUGAAAAUUAAUAAAAUGAAGAAGUUUAGAUAAAUGUAGGAUAUCCAAAUUAUUUAACAACUGCUAUAGGAAUGAAAGGUAGUAGAGUUCCUCCUGGUUUUCUACCUAAAGGAUUAAAGAGAAUACAUAGUGCAGCUGCUACUUAAAAUGUAGAGUUUAGACCUUUUAUGAAUCCAGGAGAAAUAUUAUUUAAUGAUUAACAACAUGUAGUUGCGAAGAGACCAUAAACUGCUAUGAUUAGUAAAAUAUAAUCAACAAGUAGAUUGAAUGAUCAUUUGAAAGUUAUAGAGGAAGUUAGACAUUAAGAGGAUGUAAGAAUUGUUAAUCUAUUAAUCAUUAGCUAAGUUAAUUAAAAAUAUCUCUAGAUUAAUCAUUUAAAGAAUAAUAAUAAACCUUAAAUGUUACAGGUAAAAAGAGAAUCUAAAGUGCUUAUCCAAAAACUAGAAUUUGA